CCAGGGCAGCAAGAGGAGAAGCCGAGGAGGUGGCGAAGAAGGGGUCCCCAGGAAUUUCAUAAUGGCUGGCUGUGGCAGCUUGUCAAUGCCAGCCAGCGUAAGGUAGACUUAUUUCCUCACCUGUGUCAACAACCCUAAAGCCCGAAAAAAGUUGCCACCCGGACCCGAUCGACACUGCACCCUUCAUGCGGAUCGCACGGAUUCGACAUGGCACGUCCCGAGCGGUCGGACUGGUGGUGCACAGCAGCGGUAGCGAUGUGCUCUUGUUGGUGAGGUUUUAUGCCGCUGCUACGGUUGCAUCGGAGCGUCGCCGUGAUGCCUGUUCGUGACAAACCCGGCAACUGCUACUGCCGGCAUCCAGCGACGCGGAGUCAACCUAGCGUGGCAGGGUUCAAUAACACCGCCGGUGAGCUUCCGUCCGUGUCGUGAUUACGUCGGCAUCUCUGCCGAGGCUGCGGGCUAGACUUCUUCCAAGGCGCUUUUUUUUGUGUUCUCUGCAUGGCGGAAAAAAUGGAGCUUAGAAAGAGCUUGAGAAGAAAGUUCUCAGGAAACAUACGUUCACCUGUCGUAAGAAGAGACAGCCAGGCUGAAGUUGUACUCAAGGGCUGGCUUUACAAACUCGAGGGAGCAACGAUAAAGCAGUGGAAGAAGCGAUGGUGUAUCCUUUCAGAAUACUGCUUGUUCUAUUACAAAGGCCCUGAAGAAGAGAAGUGUUUAGGUUCCAUUCUACUGCCAAGCUACAAGAUCAGGCCAUGCACAGCCGACGACAAGGUGUCCCUGAAGCAUUCAUUUGUGGCCGAGCACCAGAACACAAAGACGUACUAUUUUGCCGCGGAAAACAAUGCUAGCAUGUGUCAGUGGAUGAAUGCCAUGUCCCUUGCGGCCCUAAUGCAAAAGGACACUGAGCGCAGCCGCCAAGCACUGCCAUUACAUGGGAUGCAAGCUGCAGCUAACCCUUCUCCGGGCAUGCCACCAGACUACCAUUUCUCGCCGCACGUAGCUCCACAGAGGCCUGUUACGCAACAACCUCAGCGUCCCUCUGACGAGUCUUUCGAGGUUGAGGCAUACUCUGCAGGGGCAACCGCGGACGGCCACUAUUUGGGCAGUGGUGAUCAGUACCCUUGUUCCUACACUCGUAGCCCCAUUUACGACCAACGUCCUCCACCCGCCGCCCCACGACAGCGCCCGGGCUAUCCAGUUUACGCCAAUGCACCUCCCAAGCCUCUCCGACACGGCGCAACUUCUCCAAAUGUAGCCGAAGGGGGCGGCUACGAUGCCUGCAACAGUUAUGAGGGCUACGACUUUUACGGGGCGCAGGAGCCCUUGCCUGCCUAUGCUGGCCGGCCUGUUUCUGCCCACUACGGUGACAAUGUGCCAAACUCUACCAUGACAUCGACUCAAAUGAUGCGGCCACGCUCAGCCGACUUUCUGGAGCGUGACGACGACGGCGAAGACAGGGAGCUAUACCUCCGCAAGAAGAGUGCGCCGGCCGUUGCAGCUAAGCCUCGCCCAAAGUCCAGCAUGGCUCAUUACGACUGGGAAAACGAGGACGAAGCUCAUGACUGGCGGGUCCAGCAACAGCAGCAUCAACAGUGGAGGUCUCGCACUAUGGAGACAGUGGCACAGGACUGGUGUGCUUCACGACGAGUCGCAGCUGGGAAGAAUGCCAUCUGGCAAGGCAUCAAGUGCAUGUGGAAGUUCGGCACAAAGCAAGAAGGCAGUUCACCAUACUAUUGCGUCAUAUUUCUCCGCUUUACUAAGGAACAGUCUAUGAAGCGACUACUAGAAUGGAAGCAACGCAUGCUGCAGUCUCCCCUUUGCAAGAAACAGGGCCAACAGCAGCAGCAGCAGCAACACCAUCAGCAGCAGCGUGUCGUGCCUUCUCCUCAAGAGCUCCAGUCAGCAGUGCUCCGUAAAACACCGGUGCCUGAGUGCGCACCGCCUCCCGAACGUCCUCCAUUGCCUGAAGAGUACAGGCGGCGAGCUUCGGAAGGUUCCAGGCCGAUGGAUGGCAUGAUGGGGGCUCACUUCAACACAGAGCUACGAGGAGAACCUGUAGGACGGGCGCAAGAGACGUCGGCACCUUUAGGGCCGGACCUUAUCCAUUUUGUGUCAAAUCAAGUGGUGACAGGAGGCACUUACCUUCACAGCACGAACAACCGGGUGCUGAUCGGAGCAAGCCAUUGUCGAAAACAGAUCAAAACUCUACUCAUUAUUGUGAUGAAACCUCUCCUUACAAUGUCCAUCAGGAUUCUCAGAACACAAGUCAAUUGUCACGUGCUUUUAGUCCAUUUGAGAAGACCUACUCCAAUGAAGCACACAACAGGUCAUACAACGAAGCACGUGAAAAGCCUUGCACUGAAGACAACCGCCCCAGCUUCUACUGACACAGCUUAUGUCCAUUCUGACAGGCAGCUGAGCCCAACUAACAUUCUUGUGCAACGAGGGAACCAAAAUGCUACUGCUGGUAGUCACAUAAACAUGGAGAAAAAGGUUCAGCAGCUGAAUGAGUCGUUCAGUGAAGCCAGACAGACUAGUUACUCUUCACCAGGCUCCUCAUUGCCACGGCACCAGAACGACGAAUCAGCAUUUCUUGAGGAAAAGAGCUUGCUACAAGGUAGGCCACUCAGAUCUCCUCACGGUAGCGCUGUUAUUAGAGACCCGAAGAGUGUUCUCAGACAUCACAACACACGGCUGUCAUCCAGCGACCGUGCCACUGAUCAGGAUAGCAAUCUUUCGAGGUCGGACCAGGGCCUGAGCAGUCCACGGCCUAAUGUGCCUCAAGAAAGGCUCUAUGGCAAUGCUGACAUGUGGCUUCGCAAGGACAGUCCUAGCCCGUCGCGUCCACCGCAGCAUCCCAAAAAUGCCUCUCAGGACGAGGAAUCGUUCCUUAUUAAGAAAGAAGACUAUUACAGAGCUUCACAAAUGUUCUAUCCCAAGCAGCCGGCUUCGAAAACACUGCUGGGUUCUGUGUCUGACAUAGAAAGCAGUGGCAGUGGUGCUGCCGAAAUGGAGUCCUUUGACAGCCGUUAUCGCCGAAGCUCGACGACGCCAAAAAGUCCACAAUGGGAAAUUGACAAGGACGUCGGACUCCCUGUCCCGGACAACUUGGAUGUCUCCUUCCAGUCGACCAGCAAUAAUUCCGUCUUUGAAGCAUCGUGUGAGGGCCAAACGCCAGGUGAUCAGAGCCCGGAGCUAUUCCAGGGCACUCUGCGCCCCAAUCGAACGUAUGUAAGGGACAGACAGGUAACCAAGAGUCCAAUGCACCUGCCGAAAGAUGUUGGCAUUGACACAGAAGUCAAGUGUGUUGAUGCAACUGAGGUAAAAACUCCUGUGGGGAGCUCAGCUUUCGAAGAAAUGAGGGCCGCAUACCAGAAAAAGAAGGAAGCACCACCUGUGAACAUAGUACAAGACAGAAUCAAGUGCUUUGAACCUAAAGACGAAACAAGUCCAAGGCAUGGUGAAAGUGUUCGAGAAAGCUGGGAAGCUGCAGAGGAAGGUCGAAUUGGAGAAAGAGCUGCAUCGUCAGUGGUGGGCAACAAUAUUAUUCCUCAGGACGUUGAGUUCAGGACCAGUGCGUCUGAUGCUGCAAAAAUUGACUCUCUAUCAAAGUAUGGCAGCACAUCAAUCCUUGCAAGCCUGCACAGAAGUGCUGAGUUUAACAGAGAGAGUGCACAGCAUGCUCGCGGCGACUACUUUCGACAACAAGAACAGGCACAGAAGCCGGACACCGUAUCACUUUCCAGGCACUGUCCACAAGAGCCACCUCCUUGUGCAGUUCAAUCUAAGCCACCUGAGGCACACUACCUUCCCAUGGGCUGGUUGACAAGCGAGGCUGACUACGUUUCCAUGAAUGUUGAUCUCAGUCCCGGUUGCCCGUAUGAUGAGCCGGUGUACAAUGAGCCCGUGUUGCCAGUCACCAGUUAUGCGCACGAUUCCUAUGGAAAGUCUUCGCUAGCUUGUCAAAUCCUUAAAUCUGAAAGUUCAGGGUCGAGCAGUGGUGGUUCAGUGGAAAAUAUUUACGAACAAGUCCAGCAGACCUCAGAGGACUUGAAUUCAAUGCCGUACAGUAACACUGGAAAUAAUACAGUCUAAACGAGAAGUCCCCCUGUUUAUGAAGAACCAUAUCGACUAGCACCUUCACAGCCCGAGGGCAAGUCACCUGAGAAGCCAAAAAGUCAUGAGAUGUAUAUGAAAGACGGAUACAAGCAUCUUGUGAGGAAGGCUAUUCCAGAUUUAUUGCACCAUGAAGAGGUUAAGGACUCUGGAGCCUCAGAUGCGGAUGAUGAAGCUAGUCGGGCUGAUUUUGACACUGCCACAUCAUCUUUGCCGAGCUACCAAAAGGAAAUUCUGAAUGAUCACGUACCUUCGCCUCUUCGAUCACCAGCCCAGCCCUACUUACCUGUUUACACGUCACAUGCUACGAAAUACUCAUUCAAAAAGGAAAGAAAGCCUGAUGAUGCGACAUCGUCGUCACAAGGUACUGAUGCUUUUAAAGAGCUCGAGAAACGCAGCCCCAGCCAACAUUCUAAGUUUGUGUCAUUUGCCGGAACGGCCCCGUUGACAAAUUCUAAGAUUAACCCCGAUGCUUUUGUUAAAGUUUCCUCGUACCAGAGUGAAAACCGGCCUACUAGCAUUGGACUACUGAAAAGCCUUGAUGGAGAGACAAGCUCCAGUGAAGCUGGUUCUAGCUUGACAAGCUCUGUGGUUAAAACAAGUAGUGCAGAUGCCUCACUGCGCGGGUCCUCAAACCAAGGUGACUUUAGCCAGGUUUCAUCACCCCUUCUGUCCACUGCCCCUGAUGUCUUGCCAUCGGAGGUGCGGUGCGUUGUUUCAGAAUCCAACUCCAACAAAGUGCUGAACAGCAGCAGCAGUGGCAACAGUGCACCUUACUACUACUCAGACAUCUUUGGUGGCAAGCUAGGAUCAGCGUUUGGCAGUUCUGCAGCGCGGCCUGCUAGUCAGCAGUCGAGGACGACACCAAACAUGCUCAACAAUACUCGCGACGUGACAUCCAUGUCUCCACAUUCCAAAGAUCACGUCGGUCGCAAAGUCAACAAAAUCUCCACUCCGCAAGCUGGACUAAGUGUCAGUCACACGCGCACCCUCAGUGAGCCACAGUCAACGGCUGACUUGGAGAGCACACUUCGCGGUCUCCUCCAUCCAGCGAACACUCGCAAGUUUUCCGAUGCCGAGCGCAACAAAUACGUCGCCGGCCAUACGCUCGAAAAGACGUCACACAUGUCGCGCUCAGUCCUCUGCCACAUGCGCAGUAAGCAGGCAGCUGAAACGAGCCAGCCAAGGUCGAAGGAUUGCAUUCCUGCAAGCUGCGGUGAUUCUGAAGAAGGCACGAGAUCUCGAAGCCCUGGGAGGAUGCUACCGAGGCGCUUGUCUCGCUCGCUGGAAGACAUCAUCGACAACUCGCCUGGAGAGCAUGUGACUCGCAGCAAGACGCCCUUGAUACCAUCGAGCUGUCAGGAUGAGCCUUACUACGAAAAUGUUGGAUUUGGGAGCGCACGCGUGCAGCCGUCACCUUCGAAAACACUCAGCGGUGCCAGCCCUCAAGUGUCACCAGCAAAGCACAGCAUCUACGAUGGCGAAGAUUUGUGCAGGGAGUUUGUGGCUUCCAGCGUGAUGAAUGAUCCGCUCGGGAUCUUAGGAAAAUCUGCUGAACAACUUCCCGCCGAAAAGCCGCAGAAGACCGCAGCUUGCAGUGGUGACUUUGUGCAGAUGGGCUCUUUGAGUUGCAGUCUAGGAUCUCUCAAGUUGUCUUCACCCGAGCGUCAGGAGGUGCCUUUAUAUUCCAGCCGCAGCCCAAUGGUUGAAACAGGUAAGCGCUGCUGGUCAAAUGACUAGAAAUCUGCUGCUCAAAGUGAUCUGCACCGGCAUAGUAUUGACAAUCUGCAUGGCCAUGGAACAGAAGUUCAAUCAAAAAACUCACCUGAAAGGGCCUCUCAGCCGACAUCCCCAUCAAGUAAAAGCCUUAGUCAUAGCAUUUCGGCUGGUGAUCUGCUCGGAAAAAGCCAUGAAGAACUUGUCCUUCUCCUGAUACAGCUGAGAAGAAGUCAGAGCAACUUAUCGUCGUGCCAACUUCAGUGCAAGGAGGAGCUGCAUGAGCUGAAGCAAAAGCUUGUUCAGAGUGGUACACAGAAUAGCGCAGCUGAUGUUCAGCGUUUGGUGGGCCUCCAGAGGAGCCUAAAUGAGUUGACAAGGAACCUGGACCUGACUCAGCCACUCAUCAGCCUUGUUGAGAACAUGGUCAAGCUUGGCAGUCUGUACACUGUUGCUGGCAUCACCAAGCAGAAGAAAAAAAUGGACGAGGGCGAAGACUACCGUUAUGAGGACACUUAUGCGGACACCCUGGAGGCUGAAACAUUGGAGAAGCAGCAGCUGCUGAUUGAAAAGGAAAUUCUCCAUAUCCAAAACAUGCUUGCUGAGAGCACUUCAUGCGGGAGCCCUCUCAAGGAUGACUUGGAAGUUGAGCUGAAAAGGCUUCAAAAGAUUGUGAAUGACCUGCUUCAGAGAAGGAGUAAAGUGUCUAUGCCUCCCGACACAUACGUGGAGAAAGAGCCUCAAGUGAAAGCAAAGCCCCCAGAACCAAGGCAUAGCCCGACUGCAGGUGUACCUGAACGGAAACGGCACCAGAAAACUUACUACGAAACUGAUCUGGACUCGUCGGUGACCAGUAACCUUGCUCUGGACAGCCGGCCGACAUCUUUGUGUGACAUAGUCACUACUUCACAGAUCGCAGAACUGGAGUCCCCCAGCUUCUCGCCAGAGCCAAACGAGGUGCCUGAGGACAGGUCAUCAUACGGGGUGCAAGACAUCAGCAAGGCCGAUGACCGCACCAAGAAGUUCUACGGGUUGCUGCCUCGGGACCGUGCUCAAGAGAUCAAGACAGUGCGCAUUGUCAAGCGCGAGUCCGAGCGUAGGAACAAGGUCAAGGACAGCGGAGGGGCUGGCCUCGAUGACAGCUGCCCUUGGUUGGCUGAGGAAGGGGACUCGGUCUUCCAAAACGAGGAGGAGGAAGAAAGUGCUGUUAUGAGAUUACAACGGCUUCUUUUGGUGGCAUUGCAGAGUGAUGCUACUUUCUGGUUCGUGGAAUGGCAGCCAGAACUCCAGACACCACUGCCUCGAUGUUUGAGUCGUCAUACGAAACCAAGAAGCCAGCCCAGGACAGCACAAGCUUCGGAAGACAGGAGUGCGAGUUCAUCGUCAUCGGAGAGCAUGGCCAGCGGCCAGCGCACACCAUUCAAGAACGAGUCUCGUCGCAACAAGCGCCGCCACUACACCAUCUCCGGCAGUCAUCCUUUCCUGGAGCAGCAUUCACCACCUAAAAUGCCCACUGGCCUGCGCUCACGAGAUGACAUGGACAUGGAGCGAUGCCUGAGAACCGUCAACACGCCUGACAUUGUACGCUCCACUAUAAAGAAGUCUGAAGUCUUCGAUGAACAGACGAUCGAUAUGCAGGUGGGAAUGCUAUUGGCCUUCCAGCAGAAGAUUCUCAUUCCCGAGCGGUACAUUGAAGUGGAGUCCGAAAACGUUUCUGCCGUGGAGCAGCUUCGGAGAAGCCUCAAGGCGGCCAACAUUCGCAAGAUGCUGACGGAAACUGUCGGGUACGAGGACCUGGGCGCCCGGGGCUCUGUGGAAGUGUUGCGGUCCAAGGUGGGCGAAGAGAAGAGGCGCCGGGCUCACCUUCUGGCCCUCAGCCAUACCAUUGCUAAGGAAGUCAUGGAGCGAAGCAAGAUGGUGGCAGCGCACGUGACCUACCAGGAAAACACAUAAAAACGGGUUUCUCUGUGACUCCCUUUUCCCUGCCUUCCUGCGUGAAGCGCAGCGCACGCACAUAUGCAGUCACGGGAGUCGCACCCGAUUUCCACACCCAUCCACAUGCCAUCUCCACAUCUCUUGUCGUGUCAGCUUGCAUUUAGCAGACGCGAGGGAGAGGUUUAUUUCUUUCAGUAUUUGAGAGCUUUUUUCCUACCCUUCUUCACUUUGGUUUUGUUUUGUUCGGCCAAUGCCAAUUUGCGCUUGCCUGUUCCUCCUUUACGUUGCAUUCAGCCGACAAAGUAUUCCCACCUCAAGAAUGUAUGAGCGAUGGCAGCAUUCACUGCACACAUGCUGCUACUGCACCUUUUUUCAUUUGUGCUACGCCCUGCCAUAAAUGUUUUCUUUUUCCAUUGCAUCCCGCCUGUGACGUCGACCCACCUUGAAAACGUACUGUCUGCUAGGACGUGUAGUGUUGUGACAUUCCCCCCUGUAUCACUUUCUUCUGUCUUUUUUUGCUUGUUUUUUUUUUCUUGUGCAGUCUAAUGCUAGCCUGUCUUGGUCCUUUCUUGCGUCACAUAUCCGUAGUGUAUUGUUACUUUGUGUAGUUACUGCGACGCACAAACCCAUCUUUCGGAGGGCGUGUUCAUAAUGCAUUUAGAAAGGUCGCAACCUUACACGAUCAGCAUUUUACACUCUUCGGAUACAAUCUCAUUUUACUAUUCUAUUGCUUCAUGGCUGAUACAAGUUGCAUAUCAUGAACUUACCUUAAGUCCUUGUCACCAUUCAACACUCGGUGCACCUACAGGUUUGCACUCGAUUUGAGGUAAAAUGCAGCCUGGUGUUACAUACUUUCUUUAAUGCUCAAGAACCUGAAGGUCAAACUGGAUGCAACAGCAUCACACUAAUUUGCUCACUGCGCAUUGUACUUGACAUACGAAGAUUUCUUCGUGGUGAUGCCGUACGUUUCUUUUCGUAAUCUUCCACGCUUUUUAUUUACCUGUGUUGUGUCAGCAACUCUUCAUUUUAAGAUCCUUUCACAGUCGUUGUGCAUUUCGUACAGUCAUAUUUUGUUGCGGCUGGUAGUUGCCUCAGUACUUAACUACGAUUUUUAGCCACCUACUUUCCUGUAUCACGCAGCAUUACGAGGCAUUUCAACGCUAACGCUUUUUGCAUGAAGUGGUACGUAUAUGGAUGCUUCCAUUAUUGUAUUCUAAUGGCCUGUGCCAUUUAAUGUGCAAUUACUGAGUAAUGGGUCGUAAUUUUUUCAUUCCCUAGUGUAUUGUGGGGCCUGUGCAAAGUUGCUAUACGUACCAGUACACUGCUCAGAUGACAGCGUCUCUGUUUUAUAUAGAUACAUAUGUCCACGUACUUCAUGCAUAAUAUUGCAAACAAGAACGGGUGAAAAUCAGAGUGUGCUACUUAAUAGUCUUUUGUUUUAAUUGCAUGUUUAAACUUUUAUGUUUUUAAUGUCUUUUUUGUAGCAAGAGCAACUAAACCUUGUGUUUCUUUAUUGGUGUUUUUGCAUGUGUUCAUGACUGCAACAGUCUUUCAACAAACUUGGUGCAUCUGUAAAGUGUCUUGUUCCUGUUUAGGCAUGGUUCUGUCCUACAGUACCAAUAAUCGCCAUUUUAAAAUAAGAACAUUCAUUUUUGUUUACCUUAAGCAGCUUAACCAUUCUCCCAUAGUAAUGUUUGCCUCAUGAGGUUUAUAUCCAGUAAGCAGCUUGGUGCCUCAAUAAGACAACAAUAUUUGUUUUCCUAAUCAAAUGAAUGCUAUGUUAAAUAUAAGCCUAAAAGCUAUUCAUAAGGUAUGAUUUUUUUUAUGCUUCCAAAAGCAGCAAGAUUAACAUAUAGAGCGAAAUGUCCAGUGAUUGACGUGAGUAUAUACCCAAUAUACUAUAGAAAUCAAAACAUAAAAACCUAAAUGCAAUUUAGUGAUAAUGUAGAGUUCAGUCAUUCAUUCGUAAAACAUAGUGUGGCUACUGUGAUGCAGAGUAUAAAUGCUGAAACAGUAGUCAUAUUGGCUCAUUUUGUUCUGAUGAUAAACUUAAGAACCAAAAUAAACAAUGCAAAAGCAGCAAAAAUACAAUGCCUGACACUACUGCAAUGCAAGGCAACAAGUAAUGAGCAUUACAUACAAUUUUCAACCAUGAAUUAUGUACUUACAUGAAGACCCACAAGAGCAUUUUUAUCUGUGAAGCUUUUGGAUUUGGCUGUGUUCUUUAAGAGGUUUCUAAUAUAUGCACCUGCAGUGGCAAAUUCUUUUCUGCCAUUUCAUUGUAAAACCCUUUACAUCACCGGGAAGUCCUGUCGAAACAAUGUGCAACUUCAGUGAUGACUGAGAUAUGAAAUACAUUCUGGAGCUUCGGAUUUAUAUAUCUUAAACAUCAUUUCAAGUAUUUUCGUCUGAAAGGUAUAAUUUGGUUCUAGGCAUUUAAUGUCAGGGUGGCUGUCUGGCAUUCGUGGCCAGCGAUAUUUUAGUUGGGAGAUUAUUGUUAUUGUUGGACAGCGUAUCACCGAGAAGGGGCAAGUGAUCUUUUAAAGUGCAGCAGUUUUUUCAUUGUUAUGACAGUAAAUAUGGUAGCAAUAGCUAGGCAGCAGAGCGUGUGAUGGAACCAGAGUGAAUAGAAGAGAUUAGAACGUGAAUUGUUCUACCGACAAACCCUUUUCAUUGUAUCGUAGAACUGUAUACAAUAUUAUUCAUAAACUAUGCUCAAUAUACAAAGGUCCACGGUCGUCUUUGAUGAAUCCUGAAAAUUAAAGAACUAUGCCUCGAAAUGCUGCUGUAGGAUGUGCUGCACCAUGAACUCAUGCAAGUUUGUCCCGCUGAAGUUUCGUUCUUCUGAGUUCUGACUUUGUUGCCACUUAGUGUUUGCAUUUGUUUCUUGCUUUCGAUUUGCUUGUUUUAACUAGCUGUUAAUUUUUUUUAUUGCUCAGGCUUGGUAGUGCUCGUUUCCAGUGACGUCUUUGUAAGAAUGGGGCAGCGACAUACCAAGCAAUCGUUUUGCCUCCUAUUUUAUUAUCGGUACAAGUAAAAAGGCACGUGAUGGCACUCAUUGCAUGGGGCAAUUGUUAUUCGUAUUUUUCUUUAGUGCGACUUCCUGCAUCGUGUGCUUGCUUUCUUAGCUGAAGCAGAUUUUUCCAAAUCGCUCUUAGAGCAGCAUUAUUCUUGCGAGUACUAGAAUAUUUAUAUCAGUAUGUAUUUUGAAAGUUUAACUCUUAGACCGGGUAUUAAGAUAAAAUUAGUACAGAUUUCUGCCUAAAUGUUUGAUGUAGUAAUGUCUAAUUAUUGCACCUCUCAUAAUUAACGAACUUUUCCAAACACACAAAAGAAGUAUCAGAGUGGAUCUUUUUUUGCAUGAUAGCCAUUGUUAUCGAAAUUCGUUAGAUGCUUAUGUCAAUGCACGUGUUCAUUUCACACACAGCUAAAUAUUCCUUAGAUGGUCAUAUCCAUACCCAGUGUUCAUUUCACACAUAGCUAAUGAAAUUUAAGCUUUCAAUUACAUAGUAGCUUGGAGGCAGCAUUUGUAGUGAGCAUUUGUCACUUCGUUAACUGUUUCUCUUUCUUUUUUUAAUGUAAAGGUGUCUUUUGCAAGAUAACCUGGUUACGCUGGUCAAGAAACUAGCACAACAAAGUGCGGACCAAGGCUAGACCUUGUUGCACUGCCAAGUUUAACCCCUGUAUUCACAAACGCUCCUCCACUCGACUUUCACCCUUCACUUGACAGAGUUGAGCACUGCGCAACCACUCGGCUGAAAAUGACGCUGUACUACUGAAAAUGACGGCUGCACUACUGAAGAAUCGCACCAGACUAUCGCUGAUAUGCAGUGACUUUCUGCGCCUAAAGAUGGCACUCCUGUUGGCUUUCUCAAGUGAAGGCGAUGCGUUGAGUCAAGGGAGGUUCUAGAAUAUGGGGGUAAGAACCCCAACUGUUCUGGAUUAGAAAAAAAAACCAAAAAAAUGUACCUGCCCCCUCUCACUGUCGGCGUGGUCACAAGCACACACUUGCACUUGUCUUUUUUACAUAUAUAGCAGGUACUUGAAGCAAAGUCUAGAAUUUAAAAUGCUUUUUGCAGCCCACAGCAAAUCCUACAUUACUACAAAUUGGCACAUUCUAAGCAGGCCUACUUUUCAUAUUCUCGUCAUUGCAUAUGGUAUUUAGAAACAUUGAAGGCAGUUUUUGUGCGAAUGGCUGUAGCUGGGCUUUUAAAAUUGAUUUCAUUAAAUGCAGUGCCAGUGUAAUUAAUGUUAUCCAUGACAACGUUGCAUACAACCAGAAUGCCUUACAAGGUGCCCCAUGUAUGUGUGGAAACCACGUUUCUUAUGACGACUGUCACCAGUAUUCUUGUGAUAUAUUUCAUUGUGUAUGUCUCUGCCCUAGGCUUUCACGUCACGGCAGCUUUUACAUCCUUUACGCGCCGAAGACUCGGUCACAAUUUUGCAUGCUGUGGCUACUAACGACGGAGGUUACCUGUGUGCCUUUGCACUUUGUUUUACUUCGCCAAUCAUAUCGUGGACUUGUCAUGACAUUCUGAAAAAUGCCCUCGAGGGCCUUAACAGAGGCAGUUAUGACAGCCCCAGUUGACAUAUAGCUUCAAGUUGUUCUGGUUUCUGGCCUAUACCUAAAGCUAAUGUUUCUGUCUUAUUUGGUGUGUAACAAACAGGCACUAGGCUUGGUGUUGUAUUCUUGUUCUAAGAUACACCUAAAGAAAAAAAAAUGGCAGCUGUCAGGACCGGAAAGUUCGAAGGUGUCUGCUGUUACUUUUUAAAAAAUCUAUUUAGUUGACUGGGCUUUUGAAUAGUUUGAGUGAAACAAAGUGCAGCUCCUGUAGCCGGUGUGAGAGUUCUCUGUUGGUUGUGAUUGUGAGUGACUAAUGUGAUUAAUAAAAAUCCAUCCAUUUUUACA